AUGAAUGCCUUGAGAGGCGUGGACUUCAUCACAGGGUGGGUGGACUUGGACGGGAUGGAAUUGUCGUUUCUGCUCUCGGCGUUUGUCGGCUGCUUCGUGGAGGAGGACGAGGAGGAAGGGGAAAAACUGGAGGCCGCAACAGCAUCAACAGGGCUAGGCGAUAUGGGCGUCAUUUUUCUUCGCCGGCGUGUUCUUAGCGGGGUGCGGCGGGCCAUGCGGUUCCUGACGCACGACACAGACGCGAUGCGUGCAAAGGGGGAGUUGGAGCGUGUCGUGGAUACCGCGUGUGAGCGGCACUGGCUGCUGCUGCCGUCUGCACAGCAGUGCUGUAACCCAGAGGAGCGGGAGCGUGUGAUGCUGCAGCUGCUUCGCGAGAUGGCGGGUGCCUCCUCGAACUCUGCGGGGCCGUCGGCCGCUGUACUGCCGUGUGGGCUGCUGCACGUCGUGUACUACGUCGUCUGCGCUCAGUGUGCGCCACACGUGUGGCGGUCGCCAACGCGCAGUCGGUGGUCCUACCUUUUCUUUGAGCAGCUGGUGCCUGUGGGCGUGUCACCGUGUGUGUCGGCUGCAACUUCUUCACAUGAUGAUGGGACGAGUGUGGCGCAGCGACUAGCCGACAUGCGCCGCCGUAUCGAGUGGCUCUUUGUCGACUCCUGCAGCGGUGGAAAGAUGACAUACAUCCUCUCGUUUGUCGACACAUACCGCGCCUGGCUUGCGCGCGAUCACCGCGGUGUCGUGGACGCCGCAGAGCGCUUUCUCCACGCGGUGCCGUGGGCGGGGGCGCGGCCCCAACUGCUGCAAGUCAUGCGCGACGCGUCAUGCUUUAUGCAUGCCUUUGCGGUCGCUGCGGUGACGAACACGGCAAGCAGCGUGGGAAGACGCGAGGCGGGAGCGAGAAUACGGCAUGUGUGCGAUGCGUGCGACAGCGUUGACAGAGACAGUGAUAAUGAUGGGGCACGGGAGCUCUUGGGAAAUGCCUCUCUCUCGUGGCGGCUGUGUGUGAUGCGUGACGUGUACAAACUGUUUCGCCGUGAGUUAUUCGAUGACAACAGCGGUAACAACUGUGGCGAUGAUGAUGGAAACAGCGACUCGAACGACGACGGGGACAGCAACCACGCUUGCGAUGGAUGUAAUCAACCAGCGGCUUCGACCGUGUUGUCAUGGUACAGCGAGUUCUUGCUGACGCUGCGGGUGUGGCUACGAGCGAAGCGUCUCACCGACGGGGGCGACAUGACUGCAUCGAGAGAUCUUCUUCUUCGAACACUGAACAGACUCCAAGGCGGCGGUGGUGGCGGUCGUGCCGUUGCGGCCAGGUUCGCCACCGUUGUUACUGCCGAUGCUGGUGCCCGAUGUGGCGCUUCCCACAGUCUCAAUGAGAGUGAGGGAAAUGUGUCAGUGUGGCUAGUGUCCUCUUUGUGGCUUCGACAGUUGCUGCUGGUGAAUUGCGCGGCUCUGGCAGACACAAAAACACUUGCCUUCUUCCUGCGGUGCUGGCGUCAACCCCUGACAAUAGCGGAGGUAUCGUACCUUGCAACUUGCCCAACACUCGGUGCGGAUGGCGUUCACUCACCCAUCCUCGCAUCGUUUCCACCAGAUGAUGCAGAGACGGAACGAACGAACCCCGGCAUCAUUGAGUCACUGGAGUGGCUGCCGCUUCCUGUCCAGGUGCCGCUGCUGGCCCACCGCCUUUGGCAACUUCGGCAGCGCCUUUUUCACAAUCACCCGCAGUCUCCAGAGGUGGAUGCUUCACCUUACGGAUGCCGGUACACCCAACUGGGGGAGAUGCUGCACCUCUGCGAGGUCCUCGUUGCACGUGUGGAGGGCCUGUUUGGCUCACUGGAGUUGAGUUUCACGGACUGCGCCCCACACCGCAUUGUGUACAAUGCCAUCACUAUGGCCUGUGAUGUGCAGGAGGAUGUCUUGCGUGAUGUCGCCGUUUCCUUGGCUGAUACCCCUGUGUUACUGCCUCUGGAUUCGCCGUCCAGUGAAAGUAGCCACGACAGCAGCAACGUUGUUAGCAGUAACAGGACGACGACAACGACAACUGCGCCGCUACGCCACAUCGAUGUGGAGACGGAUUCACGCAUUGAUUCGACCUUGCGGUCCUUCCAUACAUCAAGAAGCCCCACCCCCUCGCGAACCCGCAGCACUACAAGUGAGGACUGGCUAGCGGUGGUCUCCGUCUCGUCGUCGAGGCCAUCGUCUGACGUGAGUAAUGUUUGGCCAUGUACCACCAUGACGGCGCAGGAUUUGUACUGGUUCGCAAACAGGGAGGCGGCCCAUUGGAUGAGCCUCCUCACAGAGAAUUGCCAUCACCUGCAGCUGACUGUGCAGGUCUGCCAGCUACGCAUAGCGGCCGCUUCGUUCGAUGCAACGACUGUGCUACUUGCGCGACGACUCCUUGCGUCGUUUUGCGGCAAUGCUCUUGCCGCCGCACAGAGCGCAGUUGCGCUCUUCGCAAGCCUUAACGUUUUGCCAGCGGAGCGAUGCAUUCGUGAGGCCGUGCAGAGAUAUUCGCACUCCGCUGAGAUGCAACGUAUCUACCACAUGAUAUGCGGCAAUGGUGACACCUCGAAACGAACUGCGCAUCAUGACCCAGAGGAAAAGGGGCCCACUCAAAGGAAAACAAAACACACCUUUCUGCCUGUCGUGUAUACCCAUCGUUACCGUGGAGUUCUACCCGUGCGAUGCGCCAUUUCGAAGGUUGGGUCAGAGAUCUCGUACAUUUCUCUUGUGUCAUGUUUCCUUUGUGUUGGUCUCUUGGUGUCCAGCUUUGUCCUGCACCUGAGAGAGGCGAAGAACGGAAAUGCCGUGCGUGCUAUGGUGGCAUCUGAGAGCGGUGACGGAUUUAGUACUGCCACCUCAAAUAUCUUGCAAUUUCAGUGGUCCUUCUCGCUGCCCUAUCUUCUGCCGGUGUACUUGGGCUUCGGUGUCGUUGCGUACGCCGUCGCCGUCGCGGUAAUGAUUCCAUUCCUCGCAGCAAAAUGCGGUGGCGUAUUCAACGGCAUGCUGAGGCUCCUUCAAGUCCUCAUGGCGGAGAACUGUCUCGUGUAUGACAGUGUGAAUCGACUGGCAUUUUGUUUGCGUGGCGUGCCGCUGGUGAACCUUCUCACGGGGGUGCAGCUUGUCGCAAGCAACGCGCGUCUUCUCGGUUUGGGUGCAGCUGCGGCGUGUGACAUAAGCGCGGACGUGGAGGAUGCAGCUGUGUGUGACCGCGUACCCACAGAAAUGGGUGUGGUUGGAUUUCUCCUGAUUGCGCUACUGCUUGUGCUUGGCGUUGUCUUCCACGGCAGUGCGUGGCGGGUGGUGCGCAGAUGCGAUGUCGUGGUGGGAUCGGCAGCAACUUUCAUCACAAUCUUCCUCCUUGACGUGGUCUUCUUCAUCGCCAGCUUCCCACUGCUAUUCGUGUGCUCCGUAGUGUUGGAGCCCGUUUUCUUUGUUUUUAUCGCCGUAACCGGUGCUGCCCUGUCGCCAACGCUGUUUGUGGCAGAGGAUCACACAAGUCUCCCGAGUGACAGUAUGCUUCUUCCACUUGUAACAAAUGCUGGUGUAUGGCGUUGCGAAGACGCCACACGAUUUUGUGUCCAAGGAACAUUGCAGCUACGCGAACGGCUACUUGCGUGCUUACCACCGCUUCUGCUUUCUAGCGGCAAGUGUGACUGCUGUCCGUGCGGUGGUGCUGCGGGGCACCUUCUCUCAAGGUUGGCGUUGUGUGGAAUCAAUGUGUGUGUUGCCCUUCAAAGGGUCGUCGGCUGGCGCUCCUGUCGCAGCCCGCAUCAGAGCGAGGCGGCGGUUCAACUGGCGCUGCUGCGCGAGAGCUGGGCGGCUGCGGUGAUCGAGCCUCCUGUCGCGUCCCCACUGCUGGCUGGUGAGGGGAGAGACGACGGGGCCGUCGCCUCCUUAAGUUGCGCAGCGCGCUCCACCACGCCGCCGCCGCCGCCGCGGGGGAAGACGUUUGUGAUGGCCCCAUACGGCUGA